AUGAAGAUUUAACCUAAACCAAAAAGUUUAAUACAAAAAAUUGGAUUAACUCAUAGAAGUUUGUCAUUUAAUUUAUCUGAUAAAGACUUCUCUUUUCCAAUAGAGAUUUACACUGUUUUAAUCGAAUCCAAAACCAAUAAAUUUUUAAGAGUUAUGAAAUAGCCUGAUUAAGAUAUAAAUUAUGAGGACAUUAUUUAUAAUCUAUUUAUAAAUUAAAUUAAAAUGGAAAUUAAUAUUAAUGUGGGGACAUAUGAAGGCAAACUAUUAGGGUUCUCAUUGAACGAAGAAUUAUCAGCGAAUAACACUCUCUACUCAUUUCCAGCCUCCACAGUACAUUUACUUUAUUAUUUGAGUCUUUAAUCAAAACAAUUUAUCAAAAUGGACGAUAUCUGUUCAUUGGAGGUUCUGAAGAGUUGAUCAAGGUUUAUGAUGUUAGAAGGAGAGUUGAGGUCACCUUAUUAGAACAGCACAAUGGAACAAUAACUUAGAUUGCAGGCCAUUCGAAUUUUCUAUUCACAUCAGCUGAAGAUGGAAAAGUAAAUUUAUGGAGAAAUAAACAAUGGGCAAUUCUUAAUACGUUCCAAUGUGGAAGUCCUGUUAUAUCCAUAGCAAUUCAUGAAUCCGGAAAGAUCUUAGCAUGUGCAACCAAAGAUCAGAAAUUGCAUCUCUAUAAUUUGAUGAAUUUGAAAAGGAUAGCAUUAAAGAAAUUUCAUUUUAGUAUUUAUAUUUUCUGAAACCCUUAGAUAUCGACAAGAUUCAUUUCAUUUCAAAGGAGGACGAAAUCCAAUACUUAUUAUUUCAAUCAGAAAGAAAAUGCUAUAUAGUCGAUUGUGAAACCAACAAGGUUGCUCAUACCAUAGAUAUUACAGCCUAAAUUACAGAUUCAAUAUUAAAUCAAAAUUCACUCAUCCUAUCAGGUAUUUAAAGGAGAAUAUUCUAGAUGCAAAUGGAAUAGUUUAUAUGAUUAAAUUGUCCGUCGAAAAUUAGAUAUGGAGUCAGAUUCUGGUGAAGUUUGCUGCUCAUUAGAAAAGGAUCAAGUAGUUGCAACUAUUUGAUCUGAACGAUUAAACAUAUUUGGCAUCUAUUUCAUCUGAUGGUGACAUCAAAAUCUGGGAUUGCCUAUUAUAUGCCAAUGAAUAAUAUGAUGAGAUUGAUCUCAAGAAUAAGUUAAAACCAAUUUAUGUCAUUCGAACAAACUAGCGAUUAACAUGCUUUUGUGUGAGUGUUGUUUGGAGGAGAGAAGCCGAUGAAGAACAAGAAUAGACCAAGGUUUAGAAACCUACUGUGAUUCCUAUUGCCAAAUAAAUCAAAACGCAGUUAGUUAAUAGGAAGCCAAAGUAAAUUUAGUAGAAUGCAGGAGUGUAGAAAGUAUAGAAGAAGAUUCAUAAAAAGAAGAUUGAUGGUUGAUUUUUUGUAUAUUAGUAAUUAGUAUUAAGUUUUAAAAUGAACCCUAUACUAUAAAGUGUCUUGAAUUCUCCUUAAUAUUCUCGGUCAAUUCCGAAAAAGCAACAUCAAUUUGCUAGCAUCUAUAGGGUACCCACGAAGUACAAGGCAAAGUCAUGGAAACCCUAAACUGAGAGAGACAAAUCUGAAGACAAUUUGGGUGAAUAAUUGAGGCCAAAAAUAAGAAUUAGACUACCAUCUUUGCAACACCAGAAUUCGAGUGGAUCUCAUUAGUAAAUCAUCCCUAGGGAAUCAGAGAAAGAGAAGAAAAUUGAAAUUACUACGAAAGUGAUGUAUUACCUGAGCAGAAUGACAGGACCUGAAAAUGCUUCGAAGUCAAAGAAGUAUAGGGAGAAAGAAAUCCAAUCUCGAUUGAUGCCAGGAGUGAAUUCAUAUGAUGGGCUUUAUGAUGAAAUGUAUGAAGAUGAUGAUAAUUGA